GAACUACAUCAGACAAACUAUGGAGGUUGCUUUGUUUGUAGCUUUUCUGGUGUCUUCUGUUAUUGCAGCAGAAAAAGACCCCAGUCUUCUCAGGCUUAGUGACAAAAAAGCUGUUGAGGCCUUCAUAGACUCUGCUGAAGUGGUGGUCAUCGGAUUCCUGGAGAGUGAGGAAAGUCGUGGUUAUAAGGAACUCCUGGCAGCUUCAAAUCGAGUCAGCUCCGUUCCUGCAGCUAUUUGCUCCGUGAAGGAGGUGUGGGCCGACUACAGCGUCUCUUCUGACACCAUCAUCCUCUUCAGAAAAGCCGAUGACCAUCAGGAGAACCUUGUUGUUUCUCGGACAAAGAAGUUAGACUCGGAUGGACUUGUGAAGUUCAUCAACACCAACGAACUUCGAUACAUCACAGAGUACAACCAAGUGACUGCGGUGGGUCUGUUCAAUUCAGAGGUGAAGUCACACCUCGUGCUCUUUGCCCACAGCGGGAGUAAAGAAUAUGUUGAGCUCCAGGAGAGACUGGCAGCUCUGGCCCCAGAAUUCACAGGAAAGUUUUUAUUUGUGCUGAUCAAUGGAGCUGUAAAGUCCAACUUAAAGUCCAUGAACUACUUUGGCCUCAAGUCCAAGGACCUGCCUCGAGUCGGGCUCUAUGACGGAAAUUCAGACAUGAAGUGGCUCCUACCUGAAGGAGAAAUCACCACCGAGCGUGUGCGCGACUUCUGUCACUCCUUCCUACGAGGAGAUUUAAAGGAUGUGCGGCAGGCUGGAGAAGAGCCCAAAACAGAACUCUAACUCUCAUGAAACACGUGGAA